AUGGACGGCGCUGGACCCCCAACCACCGUCCUCUCCUACGUACAUCCUCAUCUUUCCGCGCAGCAGGCGAUCGAUCACGUGACCAGACGAAUUAUUUCAAAGUUUAUUAAGUUUUUAAAUUGUUCCGCUUUCCCGUUUGUCUUCUCACUUUCGUUAUUUUUCCUUUAUUUAAUUGAAACUUUCUUUUUUUCUUUUUUCUUUCUUUCUUUCUUUCUUCUUUCUUUCUUUCGUUUUUCUUUCUUUCUUUCUUUUUUUUCUUUCUUUCUUUUUUCUUUCUUUUUUCUUUCUUUUUUCUUUCUUUCUUUUUUUCGUUCUUUCUUUCUUUUUUCUUUCUUUCUUUCUUUUUUCUUUCUUUCUUUUUUCUUUUUUCUUUCUUUCUUUCUUUUUUCUUUCUUUCUUUUUUUCUUUCCUUCUUUCUUUCUUUCUUUCUUUCUUUCUUUUUUUCAUGGAUUCUUUUUGUUUUCUCUUCUUUCUUCAUUUUAUUUCUUUUCUUUAAACUCCAUCUAUAAUUCAUCUUAUUUUUUUCUUAUGAAAUUCAUAUUUCUUUCUUUGCUUUAUUGUUUCAAUCUUCUUUCUCGUUUUUCUGUUUCUCAAUUUAGAACGUUUUCUAACUUCUCACAUUCAUUUCCCGUUUCUUCUUGUUUUCUACUUCUUCCUUCCUUCCUUCCUUCCUUCCUUCCUUCCUUCCUUCUUUCCUUCCUUCCUUCCUUCUUUCCCCUACUCCUCUUCCUCCUUCUUCAAAAUGACAAUCUUUUCAACAUGUUCUUUCUGUUUUCUUUAACUUCUUUUUCUUUUUUCCACUCACUUAUUUUGAUUAAAGUUUUUCUUUUUCUUUUUCCUUUUAUAUUAUCUGUUUUUUUUUAUUUUUAUGUUUUUCCUUUUUCUUUCUUUUUCUUUCUUUCUGUUUUCACUCUCUGUAUUUCUCUCUUUCUUUCUUUUUUCUCUCUUUCUUUUUCUCUCUCUUUCUUUCUUUCUUUCUUUCAUUUUAAUAUCUUUUCUCUUUUUUACUGCUUUGAUUCUUGUUACCCUUUCUGUUAUUUUUUCCCCUCUGUAUUUUUCAUUUGUUCUUUUUGUUCUUUGUUUAUUCCCCCAAUCUUUUCAUUUCAUUUUAACUUCUCCCUUUCAGUACCGCCCUCCUUCUAUUUUUCUUCAUUUCUCUUACUCGUUAUUUCUUUCAGUCUAUCUUUCAUUUUCUUUCUCUUUACCAUUGUUUACCCUCUAAUUCCUUACGUCAGUCUCUCUUGGUGGCUGAAACAUGAGCAGGUUUACCGCAGCCUGUAA